UGGAAAGCUUUGGUUUCGUGUCAAAUAUUUCUGUACAGAUGGCGGAUGUGGCCUUUUGUUUUUAAUUGCCAUAGUCUGACAAGUUCAAAAUGGCUACAGUUGUAUUAGAUGACACAAGACGUAAAUAUUUCUUUUGUUGACACUGUGCAGUGCAUGGAUGGGAGUGCUGAAGAGGAACAUCAAGAAGGAGAUGAAAGAUCAAGCCAAAUCUGGUUCGUCAGGCUAAGUGUUUGAAAGUCGUUUCAAGUAUGAAUACAAAUCAUGUGUGACAGAUGUAAGUGACUUAACCAUUUAUGCUUUCGUGCUAAGUUCAGAGACUGUAGCGGAAAUUCAACACAGAUAUUUGUAUUACGUGGAAUGUGUGAUGCACGUGCCGGUAUUUCGCAAAUCGGAAGCCCAAAAUAUUCAAAAAUGGGUACGAGAAUUUAAUAUUUCAAAACGCAGUGACAUUUGACAUAACCAGUAUCCAUCAUGCAUCCAAUCAGGCGCCGUAAAAAAAGGCCAAACUACGGAGUGCGAACGGUAGAAGUAUGCAGAGGAAAAAAUGGAUUUGGAUUUACGAUAUCGGGCCAGCAACCAUGUAUUCUCAGCUGCAUAGUCACCGGUAGCCCAGCGGAGAAGGCCGGCCUAAGACCAGGCGAUUAUUUGGUUGCUGUCAACGGUCAGAAUGUAAGCAAGGUUCCACACGACGACGUAGUUCGCCUUAUUGGUGGCUCUUCCGGAAUCUUAAAACUCCAGAUAGCAGAAAAUUAUUAUUCUGACAGCUCGGAUGAAGAUGUCAUUGCACCAGCGAGACCGAAACCCAAAUAUCCGCACAAACCACGCAGUGGUGGUCAACAUCAUCGACCUGUGGCGAUACCUCAGCAGAAUCGUGCAGCCAAAGUUGUUAGAGAUCUACGGACAGGAGCAAUGUUUGAAGAACAUCAACAAUUGGAGGUUGCCGCCAUCCCUUCUAGUGCACUUAUCCGCCCAGUGAGUAAACCUAGUAUUCCUCCACUUCAGCGUUGGGAACCACCUGUCCCAUUCCCAGUACCACCUCCACGUUUAUAUCCUCAUCCACAAGUUGAAAAACCUAGAGAGACAGAGAGAGUCGAGUAUCAGGCUCUUGUCGGGUACCUGGGCACAAUUGAAAUGCCUAAAGAACUCCAGCCUGGAUCCAGACUCCAGGUAGUACGUGGUUGUAUUAGACGACUUCGUGCCGAAAAGCGAGCUCACACGUUAGUGUUGAUGAGUGUGCAUUCUCAUAGUCUUACCCUGAAAAACUGUCAUCAAGCAAUAAUUGCUGAGUAUCCAGCAGAACGUGUUACAUUCUGUGGCUCCAGUUCGGAUGAUGAGCAUCGUUUCUUUGGACUUGUUACAGCUGCAAUUAGAUGUGUGGAUGAUGAAAAUGACAGUGGAGAGACAAUAGCAUCUAGUUCCUGCCAUGUUUUUGCCAUAGAGCUAAGACUCCAUGGCGCACAUUCCGUCCAUGCUGCAAAGGCUGAAGCCUUUAAGCUCAAUUGUAAGACUGACCCAGCAACAGGAUUGUGUAGUGAAUUUCCAUCCUCCUCAGACCCUGUAAUUGCUGCUAUAAAGGUUCUGUACAGUAACAGGUAUGAAAGAGGUAAUGUUGAAAAUGAAGAACCACUGUUAGCAAACUCACCCCAGCCAAGCAAUGCUAGCAGCACUAACACAACAACAUCAAGUAACAGUGAUUCUGGUAUUGGCUUUAGAGAUGAUUGUGGUAAUCAGUCCGAUCGCAUACUCAUGGUUGAUGUGCAGAAUCAACGAUUACAUAUUCAGCAGGUUGGUGAGGUCCAGGUUCCCAAACCACGUGUUUAUGAGCUUGCAGGAAGAGUCAAAGACAAUGCUAAUGCGAGGUUGACUGUGCGUGCAAUGCCAGAUCCAGCUGUGAACAGUGGAGGUGCAAUGGUAGCAAGUAGUCGUAGCCGAUCACCACUUAGCAGUAGUUCUUGUGAUGAUGGUAGUCGUAGAGUAUUUGCAGAACGUGUGCCAAACAUUCCAGCUUACAGUUUUCCUGUUGCGAGAUCAAAUGAUGACAUGAGUGUCAGCAGUGGAACAAACAGGAGUCAAGACCACUUGGCUUUACCAUAUAAGCCUGAACCUUAUGAAACAGUGAGAGACUUUCACCCACAUUUUUCAGAUAAGUUAGAUCCUGAGUGUUACUCUGUGCCUGGUUUCAGUGGUUUAUGUGGAAAAGGUGUAAGAUCAACUGAAGCUAUGAGUAUAAGUAGUGCACAAAGUCAGGAUCCUCUCUUGUCAUAUAAACUAAGCCCAAAAGUAUUUGGACUUCCUAGGCCUGUUACACAUAGCCUUGAAGACCUGAAAGUUCCAGACUCAGCAGGGUUAGAGGACAGUGCAAGUGGGGUAGCUAUACUUUCACCCAAUAGCCAAAGAGGACAGCAAUGGGGCAGUCUGCAGGAACUUCGGAGCUUUGUUGCUAAUUGUUUUGAAGCUUCACCGGUCCCAGAACACUUGCAUUCUGAUCAAGAAUCAACAAGCUUGGAACAAGAAGAGCCUGAGAAAGGCGUUGCAAGUUGGGCAACAGCAUUUGAGAAACUGUUGGAGGAUCCAGCAGGUCUUCAUAAUUUUGCUGAAUUCUUGAAGAAGGAAUUUAGCCAUGAAAAUAUUUACUUCUGGGUGGCAUGUGAAAGGUACCGUGAACUGAAAGAUGAAUCAGAGAGAAAACGAGCAGCAAAGGAGAUAUUUGAGCGGCAUCUGUGUCUUGGAGCCUUAGAACCUGUAAAUGUGGAUUCUCAUGCACGGCAAGUUACUCAGGAUGGGUUGGAACAAGCUCCAGAGACUUUGUUUGUUCAGGCCCAGAAGCAAAUUUUUGACCUUAUGAAGUUUGACAGCUACCCACGUUUCAUCAAGUCUGAGCUUUAUAAGGAGUGUUUGUUGAGACAGCUCUCAGGACAAGAGCUGCCGUAUACUGGUGGUGAAGACCUAGAUUCAGGUUUACAGCUGAAGCCCAAAGGAGAGGGCGAUGGUUCACCAAGCGGAACACGCACCAAGUUGAAGAAGAGCCGCAGUGAUGCAGAAGAUCGGCGGCGUAAAUCAUUGUUGCCAUGGCAUCGCAAGAAUCGUUCAAAAUCGAAAGAUCGAGGAGAAUCUGAAUACAACAAGAUGAGAAUGAUAAAUCAACAGAGGGAGACAGAAGAUGCUGUUUCUGUGCGAAGUGAUGUUACGAGCAGUAGAUCGUCCCUAGCUUCGUGGGAUCUUGCACUUAGAGGCUCAUUUAGCAGACAGUCUGUAACAUCAGGAGAACUAGGAGAGCGUGAAACAUGUACUUUAUGUCGUGUGAUUCUUGCUGAUGGAGCAACAACAGUUGUCCAGACAAGAAAGCAUGAAAAUGUGAAAGAUAUGGUUAAGAGGCUCUUGGAUAAAAGAGGCCUUCAUUACUCAUCCUUUGAGGUGUAUGUUGGAAAUUCAACGAAGCCUGUACCAUUGGAUGAAGAAUCAUCUGUUCUUGGUGGAAAAGAAGUCCAAGUAGAACAGAAGGUUUCAUUCCGACUCGAUCUACCCAACAGAAAAACAGUGGGUGUGAAAGCCAAAUCUUCAAAAUCUCUUGGUGAAGUUCUAAGGCCAAUUCUGCAUAAAUAUGGCUACAAUGUGGAACUUGUUACACUCUGUCUCAUGAGUGAAAAUGAAGUGCUAGAAUUAAAUUUACCAGUAUUAGCAGUUGACAACCAACGACUGCAAGUUCUGACAAGAAGUGCUGAAGUGUGGAAGAAUGAUGCAGUCCACAAAACAAAAUCAGGUCCAACAUUGGAUGAAAUAACGAACAGGGUUUUUGAGGAAUUGCUGCAAGGGAAAGCUGAGGGCAGGACAACACCUGACCAGGGAUCUGUUAGGUCAGAAGAUUGGGGUUCUGAACAUUCAUCAGGAAUAUUUGGCCGCUUCUUAAGAAGAGAUUCAGGAUUACUGGAGAAAUCUAGGGAUGCACGUGGGAAAAGCAAGAAAAGUGGCAUGAACAAGCAGGAAGAGCCUGAGAGUAAAUCAUCAGUUGUCACUCGUGCACCUCUUAUUGCGAAAUGGAAAGUUGGUGUCAAGUUGCAGGGCCGAUCUGAAAGUGAUGAGUUGUAUGAAGGUUUGAAGAGAGCACAGAGAAGUCGGCUAGAAGAUCAAAGAGGAACAGAAAUAAACUUCGAGCUUCCUGACUUUCUGAAAGAUAAGGAAAAUGCCCCACAGACUGGGAAGAAACUUCGAAAAUUUAGGCGGAGUGAGGACCCAAGCCAAACAAAAUUUUAUGAUUCUACAGAAGUGUCGACAACACAGGCAGUUGGGGGUAGCCAUGAAAGUUUGCUGCUUGAACCAAACACUAAAAACCCCCUGAACAUUGAUAAAGAUUCAAGCACAGGCUUGGUUCCACACUUCUUAGACAGCAGUUUUAGUGCUGACAGUGUUGUUCCCAGCCCUAGGCAGGCAGAAGAAUACUUUUUAGGUCGAUCUGCUGGAAUUAUGGAGUUCAGUGGGUGCAAAUUGACAAGAAGUGAGAAAAUUGCUGUCAGUGGAACUGAUAAGAACAGCGAGGCAGUAAACAGAAACUCUUCACCCGAUAACACACUGGUGGAAGCAGAUCUUGGAGAUGUGACUCUUACAUGUGAUUCAACAGAUGAGAACAGUAAUACUGCAUCUGUAACAACACGGUCACGGCAAUUAAGUGAUCCACCACCUUUGCCUCCAAAACCUAAGCAUUUACCUUCAAAAGCUUCUUUAUGGGGAGUAAGCAAUAUCCCUCCAUUUCGAGCAUCAACAGAUGCUCCAAAUCCAUGUGCAAGGCUUGUUCGUCCUAAUGAUGUAAAAAGAGAUGCUAAAAUAUGUCGAAGUCGAAGGGCAGUAUAUCUUGAUCAACCAAGCAGCAGCUUUGUGUGAUAUUUGUAAAUAUGUAUUCGUAGUAUAUGAAAUGUAUGGUGCAGAAGAAAGUUCUGUUUCACUUAAUUUUAAAAUGAAUGUUUAUACCUUCAAGUACAAACUUCAACCAAACUUUACACAACUGGGCAACAUUUUGUAAUUGUAUUGCAAAUGGCUAUUGUCAUCAAUUAAUCCUUUCCUCUUCCCUCUAUACUGGAAACCUUAUAAUAUUACAAUCACAUUUCAGGGAUUACAGCAUUUAAUCACCUUAAAAAUCAAGUCACAAAUGACUGAAAGUGCACAUUGAAAAGAGGUGGAUUAUACUGUAGUGUCCAAAUUAAUACUACUACCUUUUAAAUGUUGUUCCCCCUGAUUUGGUCUUUAGGAACAUUCUGUCUAAUAUGCUCUGUUACUGUGCAUACUUCAGUUUCCAUUAGUAUUGCAACCUGAAGAGUGGAAAGGAAACAUUUAUGUGCAAUACAGAUGUUAAAACCAAGGAAAAUAUUAAUAAAUAAUUUUGUAAUGUGGCUUCAGAAUGAAAUUGAUAUUAAAGUUUUAAUAUAAUGUAAAAUUGCCAUUUAUAUAGUUUUUUGUGUUUUGAAAUGUACAUUUUGUCAAAUAUUUGAGUUUUUGUUCUGUAUAGCAGCAGUAGUUACUGCUUUUUAGUAAAGUAGAGCCUUUAACUAAUUCCAAUAUGUUGUUAAAUUUUCUGUUGUACCAGAGUUUAUUGUUAAUUUUCUAUAUCUUGUUAUUCAUGUGAGGCGUAUAAUGGAUGCACAUUAACUUCUCAAUCAAUCAUUCUGUUAAAUCUUUUCAUGUGAUAACUGAAGCUUCCUGUACAUUUUUUAUUACUAUUAUUUACAUUCCGGUGGUUCAGUAUUCAAGAAAUCUAUGUAAGUGACAGUAUUUUAUGAUAGUUAUUUUGGGUAAUGUGGUAACUAAAUAAUUCUAACUGUUGUUGCUGAAUUUUUUGCUGUUUGUAGGUUAUUGACAGCUUUUUGUUCAGAUACAGUAUUGAAAGUGAAAUAUCAUUUUAAAAAUGAAACAUUUUAAAGUGUUAUUAGGGGUGUGUGUGUGUGUGUGUGUGUGUGUGUGUGUGUGUGUGUGUGUGUGUUUGGAAAUAUGUUAAAUGUUAUACUGAAAUUUCAACAUUAUGUACAGAUUGUAAAUUUUCAUCUUGCAUAAUUAUGCAAAGAACAUUUCUCAUUUUUAUGUAUUUUUAAAAUAAUCAUCAACCAUUUUCUUCAUACUCAGAGAAAAAUUAUGUCUCUUUCUUUUCUGCUGCACAAAAGAACUGAAAUAUAAAUGAUUCAUGAAAUUUAAUGCGAACAAGAUGGAGUAGAAAGUGGCAAACAAUUUAAGCCAAUUGUUAUUCCAUAAUUUAAAUUGUCAAGUUGUUUGGUAUAAUACUGCUACAGUUGUGUAAGUUACAUUUUACAGAAGAAAGAAGACUGUAAUGUAUAAAUUGUUGCUCACAACUUGGGAGAUUUUUGUGAAUAUUUCCAGAUAGCCAGUACUUUCAGUUGUGUUCCAUCUUUGUCUUUGACUCAUCCCAAGAGUAGAUGGAUGAUACACAUCUGAAAUAUCUGUCCUCCAAGUACUGGAAUACAUGGCAGUAUUCCAAAAAUCUCAUUGAAUACUCAAGACACACUGGAAACUUAAAUAAUCAUAUGACCAGCUCUGUGCUGCUACAGUGGAGUACUGUAAAAUAAGAAUGACAAAAUUUGAUAAUAUUGCAUCACAUACUGCGCACAAAAUAAAAAUGAUUAUCAUGAAA